AUGGACAAUGGUGACUAGGCUGCUUUACUCAUAAAUUUAUUACUUUAUGAGGCUCUAAAUCCUAAUGGUGUUGGACCCUAUUAUAAAUUCUCAAUUGACUAAAAUGAAGUAUACUAUUAAAUCUAAAUUUAAUAUCCUACUUAUCUUGAAAUAAAUAUUAGCCUUGGUAAAAAGCAUGCUUGCUCAUAUAAUCACAUUAGGAUACUUUGGUAGAAGUAUUUAUUGCCUAUAAAAUAAUAAAUUAAAAUAUGUAAUAUAAAAUAUAAUGAACCAGCUGAAUGUAUUAAGAUUAUUGGUACUACUUAGAUAUGUGUUGAUGAUAAUUAUUAUUUAGCAACAGGGAAAAUUGAAUAAUCAAAUUUAAUCGAAAAUGAAAGAUUCACAAAAAAGUUAACUUAAUUCAAAAGCAAAACCACUGAAAAUCAAUCAGAUUAUAAAGAAGAAUAACAUUUGAUUUUGAUUAAACUAAAUUUAAAUUGA